AUGAGGCUAGCAAUCAAAUCUAGUUAUGGAGCGGAAUUCCGUAGGUUUAACAUUACCGUCGGAACGGGGAUUCCUCAUCCAACAUGCGAUGAAUUUGUGGAAAUGAUUCAUUCUAUUCAUAAACUUACUGAUGAGCAGAAAGACUCAACCACUGUCUCAUACAUAUCCAAAGACGGAACAACUCUACCCAUAUCCAAUGAUGAUAAUCUGCGAAAAGCACUCGACGAAAGACCGUCAACACUCCGAAUUCUGCUCCGGAACAAGGGUGAAUCUUUGGAAGAACGCUUUGGAUACGGAAUCACAGACUCUGUUAUGCAGAAGCGGAAGAAAUCAGUUUCUAUUUCAUCCCCACAAGACUUCAGAAGAGUUUCGAGUAUAUUAGACGCAGAUUCUUUACCAUUGGAACUACGUCGAGUACAGUUGUGCAAAACAUAUCCUAACAAACCUCUUGGUUUCUUUAUUCGUAAUGGUUACACCACUCGUAUGUGCGCUUGGGGACCCGUACAAGUAGCGACGAUUUACAUUUCGCGUCUUUUACCUCAUGGGUUAGCAGCUUCGACUAAUCUGUUAAAUGUCAAUGAUGAAAUACUGGAAGUUAACGGAAUUGACAUAUCAGGAAAAACCUUAGAUCAAGUCACCGAUAUUAUGACUGCCAAUGCGGCCAACUUGAUUCUCACUAUACGGCCUGCCUACCCAUCACAGUAUCAAUACUAUCCGUUUAUUCCGUAUCCGCCUCCAGCAUACAAUAUUCCCGCUCCACCUGGUUACUGUAGUACUUUACCUUUCCCACCCAGUCCACAUAUGGAUCAGUAUUACAUGCGGUACGGCUUCAACCCUGCAGAUAUUAAUAAGCAUGAUACUAUGGGAAAUACUUUGCGUUCACCAUAUGGCUUCAAUACGUUCUCGCGUGAAAGCACAUGGCGGCUUUCUGAUAAGAAAUGCUCUCUCUCCAGCUCGCCCACUUCUGAUCCUUCAAAUACUGUUGAUAGUCGCCGACGUCCUCGGCCCUACAGCAUGCAUUGCAAUCCGCAUCAUGUGUAUAUGCCGUCGUUUGCUUACGGUUGUUGA